UCACCAUCAGUUCAAUCUAAGUUCGUAUGUCAAAAGUGUCGAGCAAAAAUAUCCAGCUUUUCAACUUGUAUGCAUCCGAUGUGAGGAAUUGUGUAAAAUUUUGCCAAUUUUUGUCUUAAAUAUAACAAUGCUAUAAGUUAAGCAUAGGAACCAACAAAUAUAAGACUAUCUAUCUAAUAAGACUAUCUAUACAUCAUUUGUUUAAUACUGCUAGUGAUGACUUUAUGGCUGCGAUAAUGCAUUGCCUGGUGUGCGAGGAAUUGAAUCCCUAGAAUAGUCACAGUGAGGAUUCUUGAACACAAUUUCGGACUUGAAAUAGUGAAAUAUAUAUUCAAGGAAAAGUGGAGGAAUAAUCUGAUUUCCAAGAAAGAACACAUUUUUCCAUUCUACCUACAGCAUUAUGGAUUGAAGGAUGUUCAACAUGCUUGCUAAUAUGCAAAUAAUCGAUAAACAGAAUAAAACACAAGGAUAACAGUCACAUAGGAUAGCUGACUAAUAUAUAAAUCUUGAAUGAUUAACGCUGCAUUCGUACUUGUACCAAACGUUCCCUGAAAGGCGGAGGAAAAUUAUAAAUACUGCGUACCAUCAGUUUCACUGCACUCUACAUAGAAAGGAAUCAUAUCAACAUGCAACAGAAGUUGACAUUCUCCAAAAAAUCUGUACGCCAUCUGACAUCGGUCAAGAUGAAAGAUUCCUUCCAUUCGUAUAUCUGAACUACCCACACCUACUGCUAUUCUAUUUGAAUCAAAUGUUCUAUGCUUCAAGUAAAAGAAACCAAACGUUAUGUCGCAAUUUUAUAUCUAUGAUUGUCAUCCCUGUGACGGUCAGCAUAAUGUCUACUUUCUUAAUUCCAGUCCACAUUCCUUAUCAUGCUGACAUUAGAAGGCGGGCGCAAAUAUAUGCCUGUACAUUGUCAAAGUUUUCGGAAACGAUGGAACUUAAAAUUCGGCGCAUUUGGAUCGCGGAAUUAUUCAAAACAAUGAUAUCGUUUAUGUUGGAAUCAUCAAACGUCCAUGUUCAUAAUCGUAAGGCAGACCUACUUCAGUAUUCGAAUAUUACAAUUAAAUCAGAAGGAAAGGAAAUUAUAUUCUUUUUAGUCAUCAGAAUGUCCGACAGAAUAACAGAGAGAGCAAAACAUGGUGGUUCUGAAAGAUUAGUGCAAGAAAGUAUUACCUGUACACAGUAUUCAUCGUGUAGAAAUAUACCUAAAUGGAAUUGUAACUAUGUACAGAAAGGAGAAAAUUUUUGUACAGAUUAUAGUAUUGGACGUUAUAGGCCAUUGAUCUGUAAGCGGCACAAACAUAUUAUGAAUGGAAUUGAUUAUCUGAGUAAGAAUUGUAUAGUAAAUAUUUACAUUAAUUCAUUAUGGAGCAAGAACGGAGCAAAUACUCUUGAUUUUGCGAAACAUGCGAGUACAGACUUGAGCAACGCAUACCAUAAGACAUGGAACGAGAAUCUGUACCAUCGCAUUGGAAGAAAUGAUACCCUGUUGUUAUUGAACAUGUUCAUCACAACCCAGCCGAAAACUGUAAUGUGCAUAUGUACAACUGAAGCAGUAGAGAGAGAAAAUAUACAUAAAAAAAUGGGAACUAUCUACCACAAGUACGCUAGAUUUAUAAAACUAGUAACGAUGCUUACAGCAAUAUGGAUGCUGCUAAUGAAAAAGAAACAUACAAAGCUCAAUCUCCAUAUAUUUCUUCUACUAUUACUAUGCACACCAACCAUAUCAACAUCAAAACGAAGUACGAGAUAUAGUACGAACAUUAUUAUGACGAAGUAUGGACCAUUAAGAGGUAUUCUGAUGCCAAGAACUCCCACAGUAGAAGCUUUCCUCGGAGUGCCAUAUGCGUCGCCACCUGUAGGAAGUCUACGGUACAUGCCACCAGUAACGCCAUCGACAUGGAAAAGAACAAGACUUGCCGAUAAUUUCUCGCCCGUUUGUCCACAAACUCUUCCUAAACUACAGUAUGAAUUCAAAUCAUUGGUCGACCAAACACGCGGACGAUCGGCACAAAUUCGACGCUUGCUACCGCUUCUAUCGAAUCAAUCCGAAGAUUGUCUCUACCUAAACCUUUAUGUUCCACGAUCUGAUGACUCUAUGCAGCCUUCAGGUUCCCCGAAAGCCACCAUAAUGUAUAUACACGGUGAAUCAUAUGAAUGGAACUCUGGGAAUCCGUAUGAUGGUUCUGUGCUAGCAUUGCAAGGAAAUGUGAUAGUUGUUACAAUCAAUUUCCGAUUGGGAAUAUUAGGUUUUUUGAAAACUGGCGCAAAAGGAAGUAAUCAGGGAAAUUUCGGUUUAAUGGAUUUAGUAGCGGCCUUACACUGGUUAAAGGAGAAUUUAUCUGCAUUUCAUGGAGAUCCAUUACGAAUUACAUUGAUGGGACAUGGAACUGGUGCUGCGUUAGCAAAUAUGUUAGUUGUUUCACCCGUGGCUAGUGACUUAAUUAAUCGAGCAAUUCUACUAAGCGGUUCUGCAUUAUCACCAUGGGCAAUUCAAAGAGAACCACUCUCGUUAAAAAAAUUGGUUGCCGAACAAACCGCAUGCCAUAUCGAUGUGAUAGCGGAUGAUUUAGCCCCAUGUCUGCGUACAAAGUCCAUCACUGAACUUCUUCGAAUCACUCCAGAGAGCCCGAGAUUUCUUCCUGGCUACGCACCUUUCGUGGACGGUACGGUAAUAAUGAGUCCUACCUCUUCAAAUGUUCGUUUGAUUCUAUUGCCAUCUGGUUCUGCAAUUACAAGCACUACCGGAAUCGAGUUUGCUAAUUUCGCUUCUCGUGAAUUGUUAUUUGGACUGACGUCUUAUGAAUCAUACAACGACCUCAGCGCGCAAGAUCUUGAAAACGGUUUCAAUGAAACAAGAAGAGAUCGAAUACUCCGAACAUACGUACGAAACGUGUUUCAUUUCCACCUCAAAGAAAUUUAUUCAACACUCAGGAAUGAGUACACCGAAUGGGAACACCCACCAAGAAAUCUAUUAGGACACCGUGACACAAUUCUUGAGUUACUGAGCGACGGUCAUACUGCGGCACCAUUGAUUCGCCUAGGUUAUCUACAUAGUUUACAGAAUGGGAAAUCGUUCUUUUUACACUUCAGACAUCAGACUGGCGAUUGUGACUUUCCACAGCGUAGUGGCUCCGUUCGAGGCGAAGAUAUUCCUUUCAUCUUCGGACUUCCAUUGUCACCAUUGUUUCCAUCGAAUUUCACAGAAGAGGAUGUACAAAUCAGCCGGUUUCUAAUACAAUAUUUGACUAACUUUGUGAAAACAGGAAACCCAAAUGGAAUAAUCACAUCAGAUAUCCUAAACACACCUAGUCCACAAUACAAAACACGGAGUGUUCGUUACAGUGACGACAAUAAAAUUAACAUCGUUUUCAAUAACACCCCACAAAGUGAAAACGUCCCGUCAAUGGCACAGAAAAAUCAUUUUUUCAAACGUUUUGUUCGAGGAAUUGUCAAUGCCACUAUCAUUGAUAAUAAGUACAAACACAGUAUGAACAAACGGUCACUUGAGCUUUACAGAAACAGAGAACAAGAAGAGUAUGCCCCUAUCAGUGAACGAGAAUCAAUUGGGAACAACUAUGAUGAUGAUAAUGAUGAUGCUGACGAUGAUGAAAAGAAAGACGGCGUUGAAUUGAUAAAAUGGAAAAUGUAUGAUCCAAUCAAUCAAAACUAUAUGGAGUUAGGUAAGUCUGGUUGCAACAUAGUGUCUAAAAAUCACUACCGCGGUCACAAGUUAUCUUUAUGGUUGAGUCUAAUACCGCAACUUCAUUCGCCCGUUGAUUCUGCCCAUCUACCGAUGCGACAUCAUCAUUUUACUGAGAUUAAGCCUGAAUACUAUGAGGGUAGAGUGAAAGAUAUUCAAAUAUCAAAACUGCCUAAACUUAUAGCUAUAGCUAAGUCUACCAGCAAGCCUCAUAAGACUGAAACAAUUGUCGUACCGUUUGCACAUACGGUAUCAACAGAAUGCCCACCAAACACGACUGUGAUGUCGCCUGUAGCAGCGACUCAUCCUCAGCGUAUUGCAAUGAACAGUUUGGAGAAAAACGGAAAAACGGUAAACCAGUUGACUAAUCCGCAGUAUCAUCAAUACUCUGCCGCAUUCAACAUUACGAUUGGUGUUGGUUCUUUUCUCCUGUUGUUGAAUGUUCUAAUUUUCGUGGCUAUUUACUUCAAAAAAGAGAAAAGAGCGUCGAUGAAGAAACCAAGAGAAAAUAUUACUGGUGAUGAAAUAUUGCACUCUACAUCAUUACUUCUAGACGAUAGACUGAAACAUCAGAAAACCGAUAGAGAUAUAGAAUACGACAAUGACACUCUAGACUCGGCUAUGCAAGAUGUUUCAAGUGUUACAACACACGAACAAUACAGUUGCAAUAAACGAAACAGUAAUAACAACGAAAAAUAUAUCCCUUCGGAUAUCUGUAACCAAAAAUUCCCUGUCAACGAACACUCGUGUUCCUCACCCACCACAUCGAUCGUGGGAAGUAUUCAGAAUUCAACAGCACAGGAAAUGUGCAAGCAUACAUCCGAGGAAAAUUUGGUGACGGUGUACCCCAGAUUCCCAUCACAGUCCACUUCAACGUCAGAAUCGUCAUCCAAUACAACCGGUUUCCAACUACGACGAAAUUCUUCAACAAAUGAUGAAAUGUUUCAUAACUCAUCCGAGCAGACUAAUUUACCAGAAAUGCACGAAAUCGGAACAAUUGUCGACGAAAUUGAGUUAGAGUUCAGCUCUAUGAUGAUGGAUUCUUUACGAUCAGCUAGAUCUGUGGGCAUUCAUGGAGGGAUCCUGCGGCAACAAACUGGUUCUGUAAUUCACGGAACCACAAAGAAACGUGUUCAAAUACAGGAAAUAUCUGUAUGAUGUACAAAACAGAGUAAUCUUCCGUAGGAACGAGAAAAGUCAUCAAUAAUAUUUUUGGCGCUUACUAGUUGCGUAUAAUUGCAGUUAUAUUCGAAAUAUAAAUGUAAAUAAUUGUAUUUUAUUGUAUUAUUGAACGAACAUUAUUGCGAAGUACACAAUAAAAUAUGUCUGAAAUAAAAAAAAACAUCGCUAACAAUAUAUUACACGUA